AAUCAAGAAAACCAGAAGAGGAGAGAGAGAGAGAGAGAGAGAGAUGAGGCUAUGGAGGUUUUUCCUUUUUCCCUUUUGUUUUCUUGUUUGCAAUUAUAAACCUUCCACAGGCAGAAGAAAGAGACAGAGAGAGGAGUGAGAGAGGAAGGAGGAGACUUUCCAAACCCCUCUUCUCUUUCUUCAAUCCCUCUACAUAAAUAAAUGUCACAAGACGAAGAUCCGAUUGAGCAGUGGAAAUGGUCUGAAAUGCAAGGCCUUGAGCUCGUCUCUGCCCCUCCCACUCCUUCUCUAGCCCCCAAUUCAUCUUCUUCACCACACGAACAAGACAAACAAUCAGUCGCCGCAGAGAGACGAGACAUGGGAAGCGGCAGCAAUAGCAAUGAUACUAGUAGUAGUGACAAGAAGGAGAAUGUCGGCUCCGGCGGGGGCAGGGUCGCCGGCGAUGGAGGGGAGAAGACAGGGAAAGUCACCGCCGUCGGGUUCAAGGAGCUAUUUAGAUUUGCCGAUGGAUUGGAUUACGUGUUGAUGGGAAUUGGGUCGGUAGGCGCUUUCGUCCAUGGAUGCUCUCUUCCCCUGUUCCUCCGAUUCUUCGCCGAUCUCGUUAACUCGUUUGGGUCUAAUGCCAAUGAUAUGGAUAAGAUGACUCAGGAAGUUUUGAAGUAUGCUUCCUAUUUUCUGGUUGUUGGUGCUGCAAUCUGGGCAUCCUCGUGGGCAGAGAUUUCAUGUUGGAUGUGGACUGGUGAGAGGCAAACGACGAAGAUGAGGAUUAAGUUUUUGGAAGCAGCUUUGAACCAGGACAUUGAGUAUUUCGACACUGAAGUUCGGACCUCCGACGUCGUUUCCGCCAUUAACACCGAUGCAGUUACAGUCCAGGACGCCAUUAGCGAGAAGCUGGGCAAUUUCAUCCAUUACAUGGCGACAUUGGUUUCCGGGUUCGUGGUGGGAUUCACAGCCGUGUGGCAGUUAGCUCUGGUCACUCUGGCCGUCGUUCCUCUCAUUGCUGUAAUCGCAGCUAUUCACACGACUACGCUUGCUAAGCUCUCCGCCAAGAGCCAAGAAGCUCUGUCGGAAGCUGGGAAUAUCGUCGAACAGACGGUGGUACAAAUUCGGGUUGUGUUGGCGUACGUCGGCGAAUCGAAAUCGCUCCAGGGCUACUCAGCGGCGUUGAGAACCGCCCAGAAGCUGGGGUACAAGAGUGGAGUAGCGAAAGGACUUGGACUUGGCGGGACUUACUUCGUCGUCUUCUGUUGCUAUGCGCUUCUUCUCUGGUACGGCGGGUAUCUCGUCCGGCAUAAUUACACCAAUGGCGGGCUCGCCAUUUCCACCAUGUUCGCCGUCAUGAUUGGAGGACUGGCAUUGGGACAAGCUGCCCCGAGUAUGAGCGCAUUUGCGAAAGCCAGAGUCGCCGCUGCGAAAAUCUUCCGCAUAAUCGACCACAAGCCGGCGGUGAACCGGAACAGCGAGUCAGGGGUCGAGCUAGACUCAGUCACCGGUUUAGUAGAGCUGAAAAACGUGGAUUUCUCCUACCCAUCUAGGCCAGAUGUUCGGAUCCUCAAUAACUUCUCACUCACUGUUCCCGCCGGAAAGACCAUAGCUUUAGUCGGCAGCAGCGGCUCCGGCAAGAGCACGGUGGUCUCCCUAAUCGAACGGUUCUACGAUCCUGAAUCAGGCCAAGUGCUGCUAGAUGGGCACGACAUCAAGACAUUGAAGCUGAGAUGGUUGAGGCAGCAGAUAGGGCUAGUGAGCCAAGAGCCUGCCCUGUUUGCAACCUCCAUUAGAGAGAAUAUACUGCUGGGAAGGCCAGAUGCUGAUCAGGUCGAGGUUGAAGAAGCUGCAAGAGUGGCCAAUGCUCAUUCAUUCAUCAUCAAGUUACCAGAUGGCUUUGAUACGCAGGUGGGAGAGAGAGGGCUGCAGCUCUCAGGUGGGCAGAAGCAGAGAAUAGCUAUAGCGAGGGCAAUGCUGAAGAACCCUGCUAUUCUUCUCCUCGACGAGGCAACGAGUGCGUUGGAUUCUGAAUCGGAGAAACUCGUGCAGGAAGCUCUGGACAGGUUCAUGAUAGGAAGGACUACCUUGGUCAUUGCCCACCGGCUAUCGACCAUUCGGAAGGCUGACCUCGUAGCAGUUCUCCAGCAAGGUUCUGUCACUGAAAUUGGGACCCAUGACGAGCUCUUUGCCAAGGGAGAGAAUGGUGUUUAUGCCAAGCUUAUUAGGAUGCAGGAGGCAGCACACGAGACAGCGAUGAACAAUGCUAGAAAGAGCAGUGCCAGAUGUUGUAUUCUUUGUUGUAGGCCAUCGAGUGCUAGGAACUCUGUGAGCUCGCCAAUCAUUGCACGAAACUCCUCCUAUGGCCGCUCUCCAUACUCCCGUCGCCUCUCCGACUUCUCCACCUCGGAUUUCAGCCUCUCAUUAGACGGCAUGCAUCCAAGCUACCGCCACGAGAAGCUCGCGUUCAAGGAGCAGGCCAGCUCCUUCUGGCGACUCGCCAAGAUGAACUCUCCCGAGUUGGGCUAUGCAUUAGUUGGCUCAAUAGGCUCGAUCAUCUGUGGGUCCCUCAGCGCCUUCUUUGCAUACGUGCUGAGUGCCGUCAUGAGUAUCUAUUACAGCCCCAGCCAUGCUUACAUGAUCAGAGAAAUCGCCAAGUACUGCUACUUGCUCAUCGGCCUCUCGUCGGCUGCCUUAAUCUUUAACACUCUGCAGCAUUCCUUCUGGGAUAUUGUUGGAGAGAAUCUGACCAAGAGGGUGAGAGAGAAGAUGCUUGCAGCUGUGCUUAAAAAUGAAAUGGCAUGGUUUGAUCAGGAGGAUAAUGAGAGUGCCAGAAUUGCUGCGAGAUUGGCUCUCGAUGCGAACAAUGUUAGAUCAGCAAUUGGAGAUAGAAUAUCGGUGAUUGUGCAGAAUACUGCACUCUUGCUGGUCGCUUGCACUGCAGGUUUUGUCUUGCAGUGGAGGCUUGCCCUUGUGCUAAUAGCUGUCUUCCCUGUGGUUGUUGCAGCUACUGUUUUGCAGAAAAUGUUCAUGCAAGGCUUCUCAGGGGACCUAGAAGCAGCCCAUGCCAAGGGCACACAGCUGGCAGGCGAGGCCAUAGCCAACUUGAGAACAGUUGCAGCCUUCAACUCCGAGUCCAAAAUCAUUGGCCUCUUCUCCAGCAACCUCGAAGUCCCUCUCCGGAGAUGCUUCUGGAAGGGACAGAUUGCUGGAAGUGGAUACGGCAUAGCUCAGUUCGCUCUCUAUGCCUCUUACGCUCUUGGCCUUUGGUAUGCAUCUUGGCUUGUGAAGCACGGCAUCUCAGACUUCUCCAAAACAAUCCGAGUCUUCAUGGUCCUCAUGGUCUCUGCCAAUGGUGCCGCCGAGACCCUCACUCUAGCUCCGGACUUCAUCAAGGGAGGUAGAGCCAUGCGCUCCGUCUUCGAGCUACUUGAUCGCAAGACUGAGAUCGAACCGGACGAACCAGACUCCAUUCCAGCCCCUGACAGGUUGCGCGGAGAGGUGGAGCUGAAGCAUGUUGACUUCUCCUACCCAAGUCGCCCAGAUAUCCCUGUGUUCAGGGAUAUCAGCUUGAGAGCUAAAGCUGGCAAGACCAUGGCUCUUGUGGGACCCAGUGGGUCCGGCAAGAGCUCAGUCAUUGCAUUGGUACAACGCUUCUACGAUCCAUCGUCAGGGCGAGUGAUGAUCGACGGGAAGGACAUUCGGAAGUAUAAUCUGAAGUCUUUGAGGCGGCACAUUGCUGUAGUGCCUCAGGAACCAUGCUUAUUUGCCACCACCAUUUAUGAGAACAUCGCCUAUGGCCACGACUCAGCAUCCGAGGCAGAGAUCAUUGAGGCAGCGACUCUAGCAAAUGCCCACAAGUUUGUCUCUUCAUUGCCCGAUGGGUACAAGACAUACGUAGGGGAAAGAGGGGUGCAAUUGUCUGGCGGGCAGAAGCAGAGGAUCGCCAUUGCUCGUGCCUUGCUGAGGAAGGCAGAGCUCAUGCUACUCGACGAGGCAACGAGUGCAUUGGAUGCAGAAUCGGAGAGGUCAGUCCAGGAGGCUCUUGACCGAGCUUGCUCGGGGAAGACCACGAUCAUCGUGGCUCACAGGCUGUCUACUAUACGAAAUGCUAGUACCAUUGCUGUGAUUGAUGAUGGGAAAGUGGCUGAGCAAGGGUCUCAUUCGCAUCUACUGAAGAACUUCCCUGAUGGGAUCUAUGCUCGGAUGAUUCAGUUGCAGAGGUUUACACAAGGACAGGUGAUUGGAAUGACAUCCGGUUCGAGUUCUUCAACUCGGCCUAAGGAUGAUGAAGAGAAGGAAGCCUAGUCUGGUUCAAAAAGAGAGAGAAAUGCCAGUAAGAGUACAUUUCCCAGGAAUCAUCCUCGUGAAGCAGGAAGGGAUCCACCAGCGCUAGGCAUCAAUAAAGUACCGAGCUUGUUCCCCAUGUGAUCCACGAAACCAAAAUACAAGCUUCUCAAGUUUGGGUAAACUGCAAUUGGGAAAACUGCGCCCCAAAAGCCAACCAGAAAGCCAAGCACGAUGCUGAUGAAGUACCACCAGUCCAUAUCAUACCAGUAGACCUCAUUCCCUUCACCAGAAGAGUUGUUUUCGCUGCUGCAGUUCACAUCCAAUGGUAGGCCGCAGAGUCCCUUGUUUCCCAUGAAGCUGGAUGCAUCAAAGCUCUGCAGUUGAGUGCUUGAAGGAAUUCGGCCACUCAAGCUGUUGUACGACAAGUUGAGGUGAUUGAGGAAUGUCAGGCUCGCCAAGCCUGGAGGCACUGCUCCAGAUAGCUGAUUUCCAGACAAGUCCAGUGAUUCCAAGGAUGUCAUGGAAGCUAAAUCCCCUGGGAUCCCACCCGAGAAUGAGUUGCGCGACAAGUUGACAUAUUUCAGGGUCCCAAGCCUUGUGAUUUCUUCUGGGAUUUCGCCUGACAGGUUGUUCCAUGAAAGGUCCAGACUCCUGACGUAGUUCAAUAUGGUGCUGUAAGCCUUGACCUGCCCUUGUGCCACCAGAACUUGGUAUUCCACAAACAUUUUCGCCCCGCCAAAGAACAAGUAAAUCACUCCUUGAUCGUCGUUUCUGGAGCCAGACAUGGCACUGAGAUUACCCACACACUGCGGGAGGUUCCCAGACAGAAAGUUAUGGGAAAGGUCCAGGAUCUGCAGAUGCUGCAGAGAACAAAGCUGCUCAGGAAUUUCUCCCAAGAACUUGUUGCCACGCAGAUUUAAGAUGGACAGCUUCUGAAGCCCUCGUUCCCCAAUCCAAUUUGGAAUGUUGGCUUCCAGUCCAUUGUCGGCUAAGUCGAUGGAGACUAUGUUUGAGCAGUUGGCAAGGGAUGAAGGGAUUUCACCACUCAGGCUGUUGUUCUGAAUGCGCAGCGACAGAAGGUUGCUCAAGCUUCCAAUGGACUCUGGGAUCUUCCCUGUUAAGUUGUUGCUUCCCAAUCUUAAAACCUUCAAGCUCUGCCAACUACUCCAGUAAUCGGGUAUCUCUCCAGACAACAAGUUUCCGUGAAGGUUGAGAAACUCUGUCUGCCUCACCUGAGAUGGAUUGGAGGACAAGAAGUUGAGCAAGUCUCCAGAGAGAAAGUUGUUGGAAAGGUCCAAGAAAGUCAUGUUGGAAGAGAUAAUUGGCAGGGGACCCUCCAAGCGGUUCCAACUCAAAUCAAACAAUGAGUCAACGGAAGGAGCUAAGAUUAAAUUUGGAAGCCUCCCAGGGAUCUGAUUGCGAGACAUGUUGAGAUAGAAGAGCUGAGAAUGCAUGCCCCAGAACCAAUCGGGAAAGGGUUCUAGAAUUCCAGAGUUGGAGAGAUCAAGAGACACGAGAUGCUCGAUUUCUCGGAGCCAUAUGGGGAAGUGAGGUCCAACGUACCAUGAACUUAAGUCCAGUACCGCGAGCUGCUUGGGAGGAACCCAAUCUCGUUUCACUUCCAACACGAUAUGGUUUCCAGCUGCACGGAGACUAGCCAACUUGGUGAGCUUGGCCAAGUGAAUCUCUGAUGAGACGACACCCUCAAUCGAGUUCUGAGAAAUGUCAGCAUUUCUCAGCUCUGCCAGCUGACCAAAACUCACAGGAAGAGUCCCAUUUAUUUUGUUUCUUUCGAUUCUGAAGUACUUCAAGGAUGCCAUGCCACCAAAUGACGCUGGAAGGGAACCAUAUAUGGAGUUGUCAGUGAGCACCAGACUGUUUAGUCUCUUCAAAUUCCCGAUGUCAUCAGACAACUGACCAAAUAGCUGGCAACUAUCCAAUUCCAAUACUUGAAGUGUUUCUGAAGGGCAUUCUCCACCAAGGAUUUCAAACACAUCUGAUACACUAUGCUUUAAAGUUAUCCCUGAUAGACAGAGCGAGCUCAAUUGGCACAGCCCUUUGAUUGACGUAGGAAACCCUCCUUCAAAUUCAAGGCCAUAGUUGAACGACAAGUCGAGGUUGACAAGAGAGGUCAAGUUCCCAAUUGAGCUUGAUAUCUUACCAACCAACUUGUUGCUGAUGAGAUCUAUGUCCUCAAGGUGGGGAAAACUGAACAGCCAAUCUGGUAUUGAACCAUUGAAGUCGUUGGUAGACAGAUGAAGAGCUCUUAUGGAGGUAAGGUUCUGAAGCUCAUCAGGAAUUGGACCUCUGAAAUCGUUGUACCUUAGAUCCAAAGAAGUCAGGCCUCUGAGAUGAGAAACCCAGAUAGGAAGCGAAGUUGGAGCAAAUUCAUUGCGUUGCAGGUCAAGAACAGCCAAUGAUGAAAGGUUGACAUUCAUUAAAUGUGAUGGCAUAUGGCUUAUUCGACAAUUCGAAAGAUCAAGUUCAGAAAGAAAAGGGAGAUUGUUUACCAUGCUGAGCCAAUCGGAAACAUUGCUGAGAUCAGCCUUUCUCAAGUUAAGAUAUCGCAGCGAAGAAAGACCAGGGAGCCACUGCAGAGUAUCAGCAUGUAGUACAUAGCCACGACCAGCGCGCAGACUAAGACGUUGCAAGUUUGAGAGGUUUCCAAGUUGAUGAGGGAUGGCUCCGGCAAAUCCACAUCCACCAAGGAAAAGAGAAUCCAAACUGCUCAUGGAGCCUAGAAAACCUGGAAUCGGAAUCCCUUGGAAGUUGUUGUCUGAAAGGUCUAAAUAUCUCAGAUGCUUCAACCCAAGUAAGGAAGGGCUUAUCUUGCCCUUGAGCACAUAAUUCUCAAAACAACCAGGACAUCCGAGAUGAAGCUUGAUGACAUGGGCAGUAGUAUUGUCACAUUCAACGCCACGCCAGUUGCAACAGUCUCCAUUACUGCCAGACCAAGAAGAUAGCCGGCCUGAAGGGUCUUGGAUAUCGGCCUUGAAAUUUACAAGGGCUUCUCUUUCUGCUUCACUGCAGCUGCUGCUACCUGCAACACCACACAUCCAGCUCAGCAGAGCACAAAUGACUGCUGGAACAAUCAUGGAGUUGAUGAUCAUUAGCUGCAGAGGCUGCUACUGUGUAAUUCCUCUAUCAGCGCCCAGGAUAAUGCUUCACUCAUGUACUUAUUGUCUUUUUUAUUUUUUUGUUGAACUUCCAUAUUUUGUCUUGCUGCGGGUUGAUCUUGGGAUAUUCUGCCGGACUUGGCAGCUGUGUUGGUUGCACCCAGUCGACCAGCUAACCAUUCUGAUAUCACGGAUUAAUAUAAUGUUCAGGAUUGGUAAACACUGUUUGUCCGGUUCCCCAUGACGACUUCAGU